UGGCCUUGAAGGUGGCGCUGCGGCUGAACCAUGAAAUACGACAUCAUCUGAUUUGACUUUGGCGGACACUCUUCAGCCCAUUGACUGACAUCAGCACGACCUACGCUCACUGUCAGACCAUCCAAGGGCGUGGCAUGAUCGUGAAUGGGCCUUUGAGUCCUUGCUCACAUUGUCACUAUACUUGAAUGUGGGCGAUGUCAUCAACUCACAUCCAUCAGCACCGCGACCUUAUUCCUUCUAUUUUCAAACAUGUACGGCGCACAACUAGCUUCCUUUUUCGCAUCGAUCACCUUCAUCGCCUUGGGUAAUGCACUUCCUCUUUUUGGUUCGUCGCAAGCUUUCCCUCUCACUCGCCGAGAAGAAGCCUCGUCGGUCACAGCAUCUAAUGAAAUUUGGGCUACCGUCAUAGCUAACGUCGGCCCCCUCGUGACCUUGGUCGGCGAGCAAAACUUCAAGGCCUAUCUCAAAGGGUGCACCAACAGUGUGGAGUAUGGACUGUACAGCUGCGCGCCAAUGGGGGCUCUCAGCGCUGUUAUCUCCGUACUUCGACUCGUCGGAUUUCCUUGGGUCUUGCGACUUAUUGGCCGGCAACACGAACGUCGUGCACAAGUCAUGAUGGACAUAACGCCUCUUUCCACGGGAACGGUUCGUCAGCAGUACAUUCUGUCGAGUGUGGAGCAGACCGAAACUUGCAAUCCGGACGAUGAAGCGCAAAUGGUCGUAAGAGGAAGUACGAUUCACCAAGACUCUGGCCAAAUGCUUUCAAAGAAACCGCAUCAUCCUGUUAUCCGACUGGUGGACACUGCGAGGUUGGCUAGCAGGCUUAACAAUACCGUGGACUUCUUGAAUCGUCUCCGCGCGGCAUCCGAAGCAUGUCGGCAAUUCGCCAUCUCUGCUGCCUUGUACAGUGCAUUAGAGGUGUCAGACGAUCGGGCUGCACUAGUUCCUCACAAGUUGCCAAUAUCCAGGCAACGCCUACUAGAGGAUGUUACCGCCAUACACAAGUUUAUCAAUGUGGCCUUUGGCAAAGGUGACGGUAAACCCCUUACAAACUCAUGGCUACGGAAACGAGCCAUUGCUCUUGGCUUCGAAGUGCAGUGCUCCGGAGUCUCUGCGCCUCUAACGUUAGGCCAGCCACGACGUCGAACCGUCUUCCUAGUGGGAGCGAGUUUGAUCCAGAUGGUAAUCGUUGCUGCUUACCUCACAGUCCUAAUUGCGGGAAACAAGAGCGAGCCUACUACUAACGUCCUGUUCGCUCUAAUUGGUUACAUUUUCACAGUGAUUGGGAUGACUGUGUUGAUCUGGACGAUUGCGCGCAGCACAUUUCUUGAAUCUGCAAGCGUUCCGCCGGUGAGCGUUUUCACUGCUUUCACCAGUGAGAAACAACCACGAGGCUCGAAAGUGUACUCCACACUUCGAUAUAUCUACUUCGCAAGGGAAAAUUUCCAACUCCACAAGAAGAUGGGCCAUCUGUCCGCUUUUACCGUAACAGGCGGUUUUGUGGUGAUGUAUCUCGGGCUUCGGCAGCUUCGUUGGUGGACGGUACGAUCGGCCAGUCGCUGCCUUAAACCCUUGACUGAUGCUGGCUAUGCAGGUUAUGAUUUGCGCGGGUCUGACCGCGCUUUCAGCGCUCAUACGGUCAACGCUCAGCAGAAUCGAGAAGCCAACCGGCCAAUUCCGACACUACUUGAGUGUGGGAAAUACCUUUGCUAGUUUUGGCUUUAGUGCCCUUACAAAGAGCGGUACCAGUGCGAAGGACAUAUGGGAGCAAGAGAUAACUGAGCCAAUGGAAGAAUGGUCGGUGGCAGGGCCCUGGGCAGAAAGAACGG